AUGACACUAGCUAGAAUGUUAUUGGCGCCUGAGGUUUUGCUCACCGAAGUUGAUGUCAUUCAUCCUGGUGCUGCUCUCCAAUACAGACAAGAAAGGCUCUCCUGGCUUGAACCAGAUUCCAAGACUGAGAACAUGAUACCUAGCCUAGGGGAUACUACAUUACUGAUUGAUUUGGUGGAUGAUGGUGGAUGA